AUGUACUUUGAUGACGACGCUGUGAGCGGCGCAUCAGAGAUCAGCGCUGAGCGGGCUGACGAAGAUGCCUCCGCAUCCGUGGGUGGCUCUGGCGGCGCCCGCUCGAAUGAAGACGUACUGGGGUCUGCGAGCGAAGCCCGCAGACGCAGGAGAGGCUCUCGAGGCGGCAAGCAUGGUUCUUCGGCGUCUUCUACUUCCACAUCUAAGAAGUGGCGUUCGGGCGCCAUACCACAGGCGCCAAGCUUCGAGGGCAACAUAGAGGCAGAUCCGUUCUGCUUCAGGCACUACAAACGACGUUUGCUCAGGUGGGUACGUAUUACCCAAGAAUAUCUUCCUCCUGAAGAACAAGCCUUGAGGGCACUUGAGCAGCUGAAGGGCGAAGCAGAAGCAGAGUUUGAGGAGAUGGACGAUUCGGUUUUCGACUCCCCCAACGGCAUCACGCUCCUCCUGAAGGCCCUGGAGGAGAGCUUCGGCGAGAAGGAGCUGUUCCGUCAGGGCGGCACGAUUAGGGAGUUUGAGUCCAUAGGACGUCUACAAGGGGAGUCUGUGACCACCUUCGUUCGCAGGUUCAGACUCCUUGAGCGGAAACUUCAAGAGAACAAGGUGCCGCCGUAUCCGGAGCAGGCCAGGGUCAUCAAGCUUCUCGAUGGCCUUCGACUGGAUGAACGUGCAACAAGUUCCCUGCUCUUGGCGGCCGGCAACAAGUAUCUGAUGAAGCCCAUAUUGGAUGCGAUCAAGAUACAGUACCCGGCGGGUAUGAGUGUUACAGGACUUCCUCGGCGUGGUCAAGAACUCUCUGGACAGGCCCGCAAGCCUAAGGCCAAGGGCAAGUGGCGACAGUGGUCUACUUCGGCGUCUACCUGGCAGGAUACCGACGAGCACGAGAUCUCAGGCGAGUACCUACCCGAGGUGCCGGAGGAGACCCAGGCCCAUGAGAACUACGUCAUCUACGACAACGAUGAACUUGUGCCGGAGCCCGAGGCCAACCAGGCCGAAUGGUGGGAAGUUGAGGACGAGGUGCUGGACAACCACGACAACCUGGUUCUGGAGGUCGAUGACGCGAAGGACGAUGGUGCCGCGCCUCCUGAGAGUUACCAAGACUUAGCCCAAGUGGCUGAGGCCUUGACAGUGACCAGCAAGCGACUCGCCCAACUGGUGCAAUCCCGAGGCUACUACUCUCCGGAUGGCAAGGGCAAAGGCAAGACUUUCAAGGGCAAGAUAUCCGACAAGGGCAAAGGCAAGGGCAAGUCCAAGAACAUGACUAAGGCCAAUCCUGGCCGUGGUGGCAAGGCGAUCAACGGCAAGGGCUUUGGUGGUUCCUCACAUGGCAAGGGCGCCAAAGGUGCUCUGAAUUCGAAGCUGAAAGGCACCGGAUGCUUGGGCUGUGGAAGCCCGAGCCACUGGAUACGUGAUUGCCCGCAGUUCAACACGCACAACGCGCAGGUUGCUACUGCAGGCAUCGAGCUUGACCCAUGUGGGUAUGUAGUCCAAAGCGGCUGGAUGGUGACUGCCGACUUUUGCUCGCAGUCCGAGAAAGAGUCCGAUGAGGUCCCAGUGUCCGAUGAGGUCCCCGUGUACCACAUGCCUCCGCUCGCAGACUUUGCAUACUUUGAUGUUGACCAGAUUCCCCACAAUCCACAGUCCCUGUUGCAGUACCAGCAUGGCAAAAACUCCAGCAUGUUGACAGGUCGCUACAGCUAUCCCGCAGCAUUCGGUGGUGUUCCGGUGGUGCUCUCUGUCAGCUUAGUCCAAGACAAUGCCCCAGGACUUCUUAGUCGAAAAGCCCUUGAAGCACUAGGUGGUGUGUUGGACAUGUCCCAGGCUAAGAUACACUACACUCAUCUCGGAGUUUCUUCAGAUCUUUGGCUGACGCAUUGUGGUCACCUUGCUGUGAGAGUAGAUGAGUGGCCCGCAGAUGCAUUUGCUUGGCCAGUGCAUGUUCCACGAGAUCAGCAUGGAGUGCUCGACGUUUGGUGUGCGUCUUUGACCGGCCCAGGCAUGAGCGAUAGCGCGUUACAUGUGAACGUGGCACCGCCCAAACCUCCUCCACAUGCCCUCGGAACCUCCAGCAUGGCUCACUCACUGGCGGCAUCUGCUGUGACUCACUUCCUUCCCCAGACGGCGGUGACCAUGUUGGGCUCUUUGGCGGAGAUGUCUGCGAGGGCAGCCCAGGGGCAGGACAAGUACAUCAAGAACGUGGACACGUGCCAGCACGAGAGCGGCCUCAGGAAGUACGGAGCGGGCGGUGUGCGAGUCCGGAUCUGCGACCUAUGCGGAGCUCGCUGGGUUCUCAAGCAGAACGGGGAGGCUGUUCGAGCCACUCCAAAGUCCAGCCCAAGUGCAAAGACUCCUCUGGACAUACCGGCCCCCGUCAAGGACCAGGUCAAAGUCAACAAGGUGAAGGCGCCUCAAGCGCCACCAGCACCUCCUACGUCCCGCGGUUCAUCGCAGCCCUCGGCUCCCUCUUCUCACUCCUUGCCAUUGUCACAGGCGGCCCCGAAAGCAGGCUAUCACUUUCGUCACCGACUGUCGAGGCGAUCGCCGCAGACUUCGGACGCGGACAUGAGCAUGGAGGACGCGACGACUCGCUGGUGGCAUCGACCGGACGCUUCUGUGGACACCGACGAGAACGAGGACGAGUCCGCGUGGUCGCUGGCGAAUCCGAACCUCUUGGACGAGAACGAGGUACGUUCUGCAAACGCUUUGCUGGCCACCGAGUUCCAUGUGACCCACAACAGUGUUCAACAGGCGAGACGCCUCCGCAAGCAUCAGUACGACCUCAUUGAGAUCUAUGGUGGAACGGGAAACAUUUCUCAGGCUGCUCUGCAGGCGGGACUGAGAGUCUUGCAGCCCAUAGAUCACACCACCGGAGUAGACCUGCGCCGAGGCCCAGACCAUGAUGCCCUUCGUCAACUACUUGUACGCUGGAAGCCGUACCUCGCAGUCUGGGAACCUCCCUGCACAGCGUGGUCUCCAUUGCAACGUCUUAAUCGUACUCAGGAGGAAAUUCGUGAGCUACAACGCGAAGAAGAGGUCAGGCUGAACAAGAUGGUCGACACCAUCCUCGAGCUAUGGCAGCAUGGAUGUCACUUCGCUAUCGAGGAUCCGGCUUUCACGAAGUUCUGGAAACAUCCUCGAAUCCGUCGGCUUGGCCAACUUCCUGGAGUACACUUUGCUGUGGGUUCAAUGUGCAGUUUUGGUCUUACGGGGCGUGCCGGUGGACUCAUCCGCAAGAACACUGGUUGA